UGCUAUCUUAAAAUGAAUCAAAUAAACAACUAAAAGGAAGAAGGUCGAUAAUGACAUAAAUGACAUAAAAAUUAUUAAGACUGGCAAUUUUUCAUACAUUCAUUUUAUAUUCAGUGUUGCACUCUUACAACAUAGUGAAGGAACGCAUCAAAUAUUUAAAAUGAAUACUUCCCUGCUGCUGUGCUUAGCCAUUUUGGUUGGAAUAAACUGUGUCCAGCUUCCUGGAUGUCCGAGAAUAAUUUCAAGGAGUGAGUGGAACGCUCGUCCAGCUGUGAAAACCACCUGGAUGUCUAAUUCGGUUACUUACGCUAUAAUCCAUCAUGCUACUGGAAGUCGGUGUUUCAGCACAGCAACGUGCAAGACAAAAGUUAAAUCGUACCAAAACUACCACAUGGAUACAAAGGGAUGGUGGGACAUCGGUUAUAACUUUGUAGUUGGUGAAGAUGGAAAUAUUUAUGAAGGACGCGGCUGGAAUGUGAGAGGGGCACAUGCCGGUAGUUCAACAAUAAACAGAAACAGCAUAGGGAUUUGUGUGAUAGGUGAUUUCAGUAACACAGUUCCAAACACAGCUGCUCAAAACGCCGUGAAAAGUUUGCUGAAAUGUGCUAAAAACAACGGCAAAUUGGCAUCAUCUUAUACACUGUGUGGUCACCGUGAUGUAAGAAGUACACAGUGCCCUGGUCAAAGCUUUUACAGCCUUAUCAAAACAUGGAGCAAUUACAAUCAGAACUCAAGAUGUUGAUACAGUGUCUGUGUACGAUUCCAUAACUUUUCCUUGCUUUCUCUGCGUAUGAUAAAAAAACAUUGUGCUUGGUCAGAAUAUCGUAACUUGCAAAACUCAUUUAGAAAUGUAUUUCACGUAAUGCUUGAUAUAAAAUAAAACUGUAUAAAUGGAUAAUAUUGACAAUAGUUACUGUAUAUCAAAUACAAUUAAUAUGAACAGUUACUUAAUGUAUUCACAAGUAAACUAUAUCAUUCAUUUGUUAGAUUGAUUACAUGUUUCAUGUCUUUCUUCCAUUUAAUUACUGAAAUAUUAGAAUGAAACAUGUCAGAUAAUUUCAUAUACAAAUACAUGUGUUAUUGUGUAUUGUGUUACUGCAGAAUCCCAAGAAUGGUUGGCGUCCGAGCACAGAAGGGCAAGGGUACCAACUUAUCAGUGAUUCUGAAGCUAUUAUUACAUGAAAUAAACAUGUGCUGACGCUAUUCUUGCAUAAAACGGGUAAAGGCUUAUAAAUGAGUAUAAUUGUCCUUCAACUGCAUUUUCAAUGAACUGCGCGGGAAUGUCUGUGUUGUUUUAGUACGUUGACGUUAUUUCAUUUUAAAUUAUCCGUUUGCGGGCCGUAAUGCGUUUACGCUUUGUCACGGAACGAGCAUGUAUAAAAAUGUGUUUUAUCAGCACGUGCGUGCGGGAAUCUCUCUAUUAACACACGUGUUCUCUCCUGUUAAAACACACCCGAAAAGGGACAAGCACUGCAGUUUUAUGCUAGAAUAUGUAGACAGUACGAUGUAUUUAUGUUAACUUUUAAGUUUAAAAUAAAUUUCUAUUCUA